UAUCUAGGAUGAAGGUCAGGAAUGAUAGGGAGAGUACUCUAAUAAGAGAUAUACACAACUUCCAGAUUUCGCUGCAAAACUUCACCUUGUUUGAACUUGAAACUGCAACUAACAAUUUUUAGCCAAGAAAACUUGAUUGGAAAGGGCGGUUAUGCUGAAGUUUACAAGGGAUAUCUGCCAGAUGGAAGUUUUGUGGCCAUAAAACGGCUAACUAAAGGCACCCUGGAUGAGAGGACGGCAGGCUUUCUAUCCGAGAUUGGCAUUAUAGCCCAUGUGAACCAUCCUAACACUGCGAAGUUGAUUGGAUGUGGCAUUGAGGGAGGAAUGCACCUUGUUUUUCAGUUAUCCGCACUGGGGAGUCUAGGAUCUCUUCUUCAUGGAUCGUCUAAGGGUGUGCUAGAUUGGAGUAAAAGGUACAAAAUUGCUCUAGGGACAGCAGAUGGCCUAACAUAUCUUCACGAGACUUGUCAAAGGCGAAUAAUUCAUAGAGAUAUCAAGGUGGAUAACAUUCUUCUUACGGAGGAUUUUGACCCCCAGAUUUGUGAUUUUGGGCUUGCAAAGUGGCUUCCAAAGCAAUGGACUCACCGCAAUGUAUCGAAGUUCGAAGGCACAUUUGGUUAUCUUGCUCCUGAAUAUUUCCUGCAUGGCAUUGUUGAUGAGAAAACUGAUGUUUAUUCAUUUGGAGUUCUACUUUUGGAGCUCAUUACAGGACGCCGAGCUCUGAAUCAUUUACAGCAAAGCCUUGUCCUAUGGGCAAAGCCUUUACUGGAUGACAAUGAUAUCAAGGAGCUUGUAGAUCCCUCCCUUGGUGAUAACUAUGAUUUGAAAGAGAUGGACCGCGUAGUUUUAACUGCCUCUUUAUGCAUUGAGCAUUCACCUAUUCUGCGUCCUCGGAUGAGCCAGGUUGUGAUACUGCUAAGAGGCGACGAGUAUGCUGCAGAGUGUGCCAAAGAACAAAGAAAAUCACUCCAGAGAACUUACUCGGAAGAGACCUUGGAUGCGCAAGAAUACAACUCGACAAAGUAUAAUAUGGACGAACUCGAUCGGUUCAAGGAGUUGGCAUUGUCUUCUUGAAAUCAAAACAAUGUACAGUUUUUUUUUUCAUAUAAACUGGCUUAAUUUAUCAUGGUUUCUUUAGGGUUAUUGCAGUGUCUCAGAGAAAAGUCCCGUGGAAAACUGUUUUUCAUUUAGAACCAGAAAUCUUAUUUUCUGCGUUACAUGAAAAACAGUUGAGAAGGAGUUCAGUUCUAUAUGUAUAUACAUAUAUAUA